AUGGAGUCUCAUCGGAAAAGACUGCUUGCGACAACGGUCGACGAGCGUGCUGAAAUCAAUCCCAGCCAGCGAUUUGCCGUUAUUCCACGGGGACCGGAAAUAAGCAAUAAAUUCCAAGAUGUUUCCAUCAAGGACCUGGCACACGCUGUGAACUUCAUGUGUUGGUGGAUUGAAAGCAUGAUCGGACCGGCACAACACCCAGAGACAUUGGCCUACAUGGGGAGCAAUGAUGUUCGCUAUUUCAUGUUUAUGCUUGCAUGUCAGAAGACUGGAUACCAGGCCUUCUUUCCCUCCACCAGGAACUCGGACGAGGCCCACAUUCAUCUGCUGAAAGAGACAAAUUGCACCAAGUUCUUCUUCAGCGAGGAGCGCCAGGCACGAACCCAGGAGAUCCAGGGCCUUCUUUCAGCCUUGGAUAUCUUCCAGAUCCCGAAUAUGGAGCAAAUUCUCAGUGACGAGAGUGGUCUGCACCACUACCCAUACACCAAAUCUUAUGCCGAUGCGGAGAAUGACACAACGUGCAUCAUCCAUAGCUCUGGAACAACAGGCAUGCCAAAGCCGGUGCAUCUCACCAACGGCUUCUUUAUGACCAUCGAUUCUCUUUCUCAUCUCGCAAAGCCUGCAGGUCGUCAGCCAUCUAUGUUCCACAAUCUGGAUCAAACCGAUCUGGUACUGGCUACGACACCCUUCUUCCAUCUAAUGGGUCUGGUAGCAUUGUUGUUUUCAGUGUGGUUCGAAAUUCCCACUCUCGUUGGCCCAGAUAAGCCACUCUCCGUCGAUCAUAUGAUAGAACUGAUGCGCACUAUCCACCCCACAGCGGCACUCUGCACACCCUCGAUGUUGGAAGACCUAAGUCACUCCGACAAGGCGCUAGCUUGUUUAGAAGAGCUGAAGUCAGUCUACUUUGGCGGCGCUCCUCUGUUCCUAGAGACUGGAGAGCGACUACGCAAGUAUACGCAAAUCAUAUCGAUAAUAGGAACCAGCGAGGCCGGCGUGAUCCCAGCGCUAGUCCCGGAGGACCCAACCAACUGGGACUACUUUGAAUGGAACGAAGCUUACGACGUGGAAAUACACGAUGUCGGCGAGGGUAUAUUCGAGAUGGUGAUUCCUCGACAGGAGAAUGCUCGCGACUUCAAGGGCAUUUUCCACACAUACCCCGACAUCAAUGUUUAUCCAACCAAUGAUCUCUAUACCCCACACCCGACAAACCCACGUCUGUGGAAGUUCAAUGGGCGGAAGGAUGAUGUGAUUGUCCUAAGCAACGGGGAAAAAUUUAACCCUGUCGGGAUGGAGACUAUCAUUGAAGGACACCCGCUGGUUGGGAAGGCGGUGGUAGUCGGCCAGUCUCGGUUCCAGGCUGGGCUGCUAAUCGAGCCGAGUCAGAGAGAACUGGAAAUGGAUGAGAGGGCCUUUGUUGAGGAGAUCUGGCCGACAGUGCAGGUGGCUAACCAGGCUGUUGCGGCUCAUGGUCGGGUGAUGAAGAACAAGAUCUGGUUCGCGGUGAAGACGAAGCCAUUUAAGAAGACUCCUAAAGGUAGCGUGCAGCGUCGGGCUGUGCUUCGAGACUACGAGAAAGAGAUUGAUGCAAUGUAUGCCGAUGACCCCGAGGAUCAUUUGGACGAGGGCCUGCCAGAGGUCUUGGACCAUGAGAGUGUUACAGAGUAUAUUCGCCAGAUUAUUACCCGUGUUCUGGAGAAGCCCGACAUUGCAAACACCCAGGACUUCUACUCUGCCGGCCUUGAUUCUCUGACGACCAUUCAUAUCUCUCGGGUGCUGCAGAAGGGCAUCCAGCUACGUCGGCCGGCUGUGAAAGCAGAAGCCAUCAACGCCCAAACGAUCUAUGGCAACCCAACAGUCGACCGAUUGUCGCAAGUCGUAAUGGCCAUCCUAGAUGGAAAAACCCAAGCUGAUAUCCCGCGGGCAGAGAAAAUCCAGAGACUGGUGGAAAAGUAUACGUCCGACCUGCCAGUGCGGGAAGUCUACCCUCGGAAUGAAAUGCAUUCGCUUUCGACCGUGAUACUGACUGGCUCAACUGGCUCACUGGGAACUUAUCUACUGCAUUCUCUGCUGAGCAGCGAUUCCAUCAAUAAAGUCUACUGCCUCAACCGUUCAGAUGCCGAAUCACGACAGAAGAAGGGCUUCGAAGAGAAAGGAUUGCACCUUGACGCGAAUGACUGGAAAGACAAGGUCGAAUUCCUACAGGCCUCAUUUGGAGAACCACGAUUCGGCCUAGACGGAUCCAAGUACGAAGAACUUCUCGACUCAGUGGACACCAUCAUCCACAACGCCUGGAAAGUCAACUUCAACCAUUCCGUCGAUUCCUUCGAGCACACUCACAUCCAGGGCGUACGGCGCUUUAUAGACUUUAGCUUGAGCAGCCGCAGCAACGCCCAUCUUCACUUCAUCUCUUCAAUCGGCACAGUAGGCGCUUGGACCCCAGAAAUGGGAGCUUCGAUCCCAGAAGUACCGAUGGAGGACAUUGCAGUAGUUCUCCCACAAGGCUACAGCGAGUCCAAGCACGUUGCCGAGCGCAUCUGUCUCGAGGCCUCGCAACGCUCCCAUGUCCCCACGUCGGUGUAUCGCGUCGGACAGAUUGCCGGACCGACCAGUGCCCGCGGACAAUGGAAUCCGCAGGAAUGGCUCCCGACGAUCAUCGCCACGUCGAAAGCGAUGGGUAAAAUCCCUAACCGACUCGGCUCAACCGCGGUUGACUGGGUGCCAGUGGACACUCUAUCCGAUAUUAUAGUGGAAAUUGUCAACACACGUCACCGUUCAUCUGAAGAGCGCUGUGCGGUGUUUCAUCUUACGAAUUCUGAACAGGUAUCAUGGUCGUCUUUGAUCCCAGCUAUUCAGAGCCAGUAUGUGGUCGAACCAGUUCCGUUUUCCGUGUGGGUUGCCGAGCUGGAAAGUAUAACGAGCCCCAGUAGUGCGGAUUUCGCCUCGAAGCCCGCGCUCAAGCUGCUGGAGUUCUACCGUGGGCUACAAGGGGAUGACAGUGCCCUGUCUGUGGCGCUGGAUGUCCGACGGGCGAGAGAGGCAAGUGUCAGCAUGAGAACCCUCGGCCCGGUUUCUCCCUCACUCAUGCGAAAUUGGAUACGACAAUGGCAAUUUUAA